AUGCACCACGUCGUCCUGUACCUUCUGUCCGCCGACGGUUCCAGAGAUAUUCAGUUCUUCCACAGCAAGAAAAAUGGGUCGGUCGAAGCUGAAAAUGAGUGCAGUAGGGGAAAGCCCCCUGGACCUGCCACGCCAGAGUCACGCAAGAGGAAGGGCUCGCCAUGCGACACACAGGGCAAAGAUUUCCAUCGGUUUCUGUCGCUCUUUGCCAACAGCGAGGAAACAGGAUCUUUACUGUCACUUUUGGAGAAGCGGAGACGGGAGCUGGAGUGCCGCUACAUCGAGGAGCUGGCCGAGCUGCUAUCGUCCAACAUGGGCGACAUCGCCAGCCUCAGCGUCAAGCCUGACAAGUGCCACAUCCUCAAGAGCACCGUGGACCAAAUCCAGCAGAUCAAACGGCGUGAGCAGGAGAAAGCAGCUCUUCUGUCUCCAGAUGACGAGGUGCAGAAGAGCGACAUCUCCUCCAGUAGCCAGGGGCUGGUGGAGAAGGAGGCACUGGGGCCCAUGCUGCUAGAGGCCCUUGACGGGUUUUUUCUUUGUUGUCAACCGUGAGGGCCGCAUCAUUUUGUCUCUGAAAACGUGA